AUGAAUCAAGAGAAGAAUGAAUGUGGGGGAAGAAGCCAAAACAAUAGUAACCAUUCUAAAAGUAUACAUAUGCUAAGUGCAAACAGUUACAUGAUUAAUAGUAUGUAUGAAAAGAGUAAUAGUAAUAGUAAUGCUAUCAAUAGUAGUAACAACUCGUUAAAAAAUAAUAGUAGUACGACUACGAAUGAAUGUAAUACAUCAACCAUUAGUGCCUCUCGUCUAAGUGAAGAUGAUAGCUACAACCAUCGCAUUAAUUAUAAUGAUAGUAAUAAUAACAGCGUGUAUCAAAAUAGCAGGUCCUUCCAUUAUUCUAGUAUUAAUAAUGUGUGCAACGGCAAUCUUGUCAUUUCCGAAGCUGCAAUAUCUAAGGGCAUUGCCAUGAGUAAAAAUAGGAGUAGAAGUGGGAGUAGAAGUGGGAGUAGAAGUGGGAGUAGAAGUGGGAGCAGAAGUGGGAGUAGAAGUAGGAGCAGAAGUAGGAGCAGAAGUAGGAGCAGAAGUAGGAGCAGAAGUAGGAGCAGAAGUAGGAGCAGUGACAGUAGCAAUGGUAGGAGUAGAAGUGGUAGCAGAUAUAGAGGGGAGAGGAAAGAAGUGUUCAUUGAAGGAGGAAAUGUGAAUAACUGCAAAAGUAAUAAUAUAAAUUUAAAUUAUGAAAAAAUAAAUGAUAUGAAUACAUCAAGAGUGACAGAUAAUAAUUAUUACUUGGAAACAUGUAGAGAAGAUGUAAAUAUGAUAAAUAUUAACAACUCAAAAGAGCAAGGUAAAAUAGUAUUAGGGGCUUUAGAUAAAUGCAAUGACUACAAUAGAAUGAAUAUAGCAUGCGCCAGUACUACGACCAACAAUAGUGGUAGUGGUUGUAGUAGUCGUAAUAGUAAAAAUAUGAUGGCAUAUGAAAACUGGAUGAAUAAUAGCCAAAAUGUAAAUUUAUACAAGUCAAACAAUUAUGAUAUAUCACAUUUGCAAAAUAGUCAAGUGAUAAAUCAUGAAGUAGUAAGUAGUGAAGUAGUAAACAGUGAAGUAGUAAACAGUGAAGUAGUAAACAGUGCAGUAGUAAACAGUGCAGUAGUAAACAGUGCAAUAGUAAACAGUGCAGUAGUAGACAGUGCAGUAGUAAAUAGUGAAUUAGUAAAGCCUCCUUUGGUAAGGCUUCCUUACCAGAAUGAUAUGAAGAAUCCGCUAUUUAUUAAUAGAAGCAUUGAUGUAAUGCACCUAAGCGGUGAUAAAGGUAGUAAUAAGAGUAGAAAUGCUGACAAUAAUAGCAAUGUAAUGGUACAAAAUUAUAAUGAAAAGGAUAAAAAGAAUGAAAGGAAUGAAAAGAUUGAAAGGAAUGAAAAGAAUGAAAGGAAUGAAAGGAAUGAAAGGAAUGAAAGGAAUGAAAAGAAUGAAAGGAAUGAAAAGAAUGAAAGGAAUGAAAGGAAUGAAAGGAAUGAAAGGAAUGAAAAGAAGCAGGAAUACUAUUAUGGUAAUAGCGUAAAUGUAAUUAAUAAUAAUUACAUUCCGACAAAUAUUUACAACCAAAAUGAAUAUUUUACGGCUAAGAUUAUGAACAGUUCAUAUUUAUUAAAAAAAAAAAAAAAAAAAAAGAAUGUAACCUUUACAAAUGAGAAUGAUGUAUAUAGUAUACCACUCAGAGAGGAAAAGGAUGAGCAUCAUGUGGGUUACUACAUGAACGGAAGGAGUAAAAUCAGCAAGACAAAUCUGAUGAAUAAAUGGAAUAAUGAAAACAUAGAAAUGUUUAGAAGCAAUAGCAGUAGCAGUAACUGUAACAAUGAUAGAAAUAGUAAUAGGAAGAAUGAGUAUAACAACGGUAGUUUUGAUAGGGAUGCGGAGAUUGUUAAGGAAAGUGGAAAGAGAGAAAGAGCCUUACCCCCUAUGACUUAUGUUAUGAAUGAUAAGCUAGAUGAUAAGGAUAUAUACAACUUUAUCACUUUAAAAAAAAACAAUAAUGCGUAUAAUAUAAAUACAAUGAAUAAUAACUACGUUGAAUAUGAUAUGAACAAUGGUCAUAAUAAUGGUAGCUCGAACAGUAUUAGUAGCAAUAGUAAAAAUAUUGUUUUUCCGCUUGUAAGUAAUAAAAUGAACGUUCGAAUAAGUGGAUUCAGCAAUGAUGAUAGUAAUAAUAAUAAUAUUAGUAGUAGUAAUAGGGGAAAUAAUGAUAAUAGUAAUAAUAGGGAUAAAGUUAACAGUAAUGAUAAGGAUAAUAGUAAUGAUAAAUUUAACAGUAAUGAUAAAGUUAACAGUAAUGAUAAAUUUAAUAGUAAUGAUAAAUUUAAUAGUAAUGAUAAAUUUAAUAGUAAUGAUAAAUUUAACAGUAAUGAUAAAUUUAACAGUAGUAACAACUGCAAUAGUAGUAACAACUGCAAUAGUAGUAACAACUACAAUAGUAGUAAUUACUACAAGGACAAGCUCGGGGGGAAUGGUUUUAUCUCUCCAACAUUUAACCGAGGGAGAGAACCAAAGGAGAUGAACGAGGAUUAUGUUGAUAACUAUGAUCAACACAAUGAACGCAAGGAUCACAGUGAAAAAAAGACGACAAUUAAAUUUAAUAAAUAUGAAAUAUAUAAUAAUGAUAGAUAUGAUAAUUGUGUUAGUCUGAGCAAGCAAGUUGAAAAAAAAGAAAAUAUAAUCAAAAUUAAAAAUAAUAAAGGCAGUGAUUAUUUAAUUUCAUCCACUAUAAAAAAACAUGUACAAAAUGAUGUAAUUAAAAAUAAUAACAUGAUGACAAUAUAUGAUAAGCAGAGGAAAAGAGAUGACGUUCCAGAUUAUUUCAAAACAGAGAUAGACAAAUCUAACGAAAGAGAUGUGCAUUUUGCGCAAAGAGGUUUUUCUUAUUAUUCGAACAUGGAAGGGAACGUCCUUCCAAUUAGCGGAAGUGCAAAUGCUGAGGGAGAGCAGCAGCAGAAGCAGCAGCAGAAGCAGCAACAGAAGCAGCAACAGAAGCAGCAACAGAAGCAGCAACAGAAACAGCAACAGAAACACAUUGUUGUUCAGAAUAACGUGCAGAAUAUCGUGCAGAACCAGGGAGGUAUGGCUCAUCCGAACUGCUUCCCUAAUAAGAGCAACAUACCGAAUGCUGAUACCUUAAGGGGGAGUUACAACGAUGGAAGUAUUAAAUUUAGCGAAGAUUUAAACAGCAAAAAUUUUAACAACAAAAAUUUUAACAGCAAAAAUGUUUUUGGAAGAGCAGAGGAAAAAUCUGCAGGAGAAAAAUAUACGAGUAAUGUUGGGCUAAAUAAGAUACGUGCAGGUAGUGGGAAUACAUUAAUCGGAAUGAAACAUGAUGAAAAAGUUAGCAGUGAAUAUUUUGGUGUUGAACACAGCGCUGAUAGCGGCCACUUGAGAAGUCGUCAUAACAGUAACGGUAGUAAUGGUAAUUAUAUUAGUAAUGUUAAUGGAAGUAAUACCUAUGGCAGUAAUACCUAUGGAAGUAACAACGAUGAUAAUGUUUACGGCAGUGGUAAUAGCAACGGGGUGUACGACUUGAAGAACUUUGUUUUGAAGUACCUUAGUGAUAUAGAUGAGAUAUACAAUAUAAAGGAACGAAAUAGAAGGUACGAAAAUAAGAUAAGUGAAAAUUAUAGUUAUAGUUGUAAUUAUAAUGAUAAGUAUAACAAUAUUUAUGAUAAUGUGCAUAAUCGUUGCAGGAGCAAUGAUAGAGGUGCGAAGGGAAAUAACAACCUGCAAAAUUACUACAAUAUCCUGGAGGUGUUAUACAAAUCGAGUAUAAAAAAAAAAAGUCUAAGUGAUAGAAGAAUUCGAGGUUUACUAUAUAUAUUUAAAUAUAUUAAAAACAUAGAAAGAAAAAAAAAAAAAAAAAAAAAAUUAUAUCUAUUUGAUACUGUAACAUUAAAAAGGUUAAAUAAACAAGUAGACUUAUAUAUACAAUUUGUUGAAAAGAGAGAAUAUAAAAGGGAUUUGUCUCUUCAUUUAUAUAAAAAAAAUAAAUUUCUAAAUUAUCAAAAAAGAAAUAAUAAAAGUUUGUCUUAUGUGAAAACGAAAUUUAUUCAAAAUAUUUUAAAUAAAAAAUCAAAUUUAUAUGCCAAAUGUCCAAAAAAAGCACAAGUACACGAUGAUAAUUUUUAUUUUGCUCAUGCAUUGAAACAAGUCAAUUAUUUAAAUAAUUUAUUAGUAUAUGCUCACUUUAUUGUUUUAAAAUAUAUAUCUAUAUUUUCAGUUAAGGAGUGGAAUAUGUUUCUCUUCCAACAUAUAGACUUAUAUAAUAGUGGACCAAAUAACAAUGGACUUGUAGACUUCAAGUAUGAAUUUAAGAAUUGUCAUGAUAAAUGUAAGGAAGAAGAGUGUGAACUGAAUGUUGAACGGACGGCUCAAAUAGAUACAAAUUGUAUUUACGAUCAACUGAUGAGAGAAAAGGAGAAUAAUGAGAAACAAACUUAUAAGGAAAAAAUAGUCUCACAGGAGCAGGGAAUUCAUGUGGUAAGUAUUAUUCAGGAGGGAGAAAAACUCAUGUUAAGUAGCAAAACGGGUGAUAAAGCAACAAAUGGAAAGAGUGAAAUGGUUGAACGAAGUGACCUAUGCCCAAGCAACAGUGCUAUGGAGGGGGAAUUAAAAGAAGAUGUAUUUCUUAAGCACAGUAUUGAUGCAGUUAGCAGUAGUUUGAACGGAGGGAAGAACGAAAACAAAGAUGAUGUAUGCAAUGAUGAUGUAUGCAAUGAUAAUGUAUGCAAUGAUAAUGUAUGCAAUGAUAAUGUAUGCAAUGAUAAUGUAUGCAAUGAUAAUGUAUGCAAUGAUAAUGUAUGCAAUGAUAAUGUAUGCAAUGAUAAUGUAUGCAAUGAUAAUGUAUGCAAUGAUAAUGUAUGCAAUGAUAAUGUAUGCAAUGAUAAUGUAUGCAAUGAUGCUAUAUGUAGCACUAACGCGGACGACACUUCACGCAUGAACAAUAGCGGUGCGUGUGAAGCGAAUAGUGCAACUAGGAGUACUGGAAAUGAAUGUAUAAACAACGGAACAAGUGUUAACUGUAGACUGAAAAAUGAAAAUAUGAUGAACAUCCCAUUCAAUUUUAAUAGUAUGUAUUAUGAUAGCACAUUUAAAUAUGCAAACAUGGAUGAAGAGAUUAUUGAAAAGUUAAAUCCCUUACAUAUAAAAGAUGAACAUAUGAUAGACAUUAAUUACUAUGAAUAUGUAAUUGAACCUUUUGAUUUUUUUUUCUAUGACCAAGUGUAUAAUGAAAUAUGUAAUUAUAUGCAAAUGUUAAGAAAUAGCAAUGCAUGCCAGAGUGAUAACAAUACAUGCCCGACUGAUAACAGUGCACGUCAAAGUAAUAGUAAUACAUACCAGAAUAAUACUAGCGCUUAUUUAAAUAACAGUUCUUAUCUUAUCAAUAACUUGCCAUUUCAAUAUUAUGAUUUCAUUAACAUUUUGAUGAGAGAAGUAAUGAAUGUUCGAAAUUUAAUAUAUCGUAACAAGUAUGUUAGAUACCUAUUCUAUUAUAUAUACAGGAAUAAUAAAGAAAAUAAUCUAUUAGAUUCUAUUAAUAAAAUAUUUACUUUAGAAAAAAAGAAAUUAUUCUUAUAUAAGACGCAAAUGAAAUUACGAUAUAACAUCUUUAUUUCUCGCUUUUUUGAAAAUAAUUUUAUUAUGAAUCCUAGUAAUAGUGAAAAAAAGACAGAAGAAGGAAUUAACUUUAUUCAAGCAAAAAACAAAUUAUUUAAGUCUAUUUUUAGUGGAUACACCAAAUAUUUUGAUGAAUAUACAACAUGGACCCGUCAAUCGAGGGAAGUAAGGAGGACCCUCUUUAAUAUUCAGCCGCAAAAGUUUGUUGAUAUCAGGCGUAAAAUUGAACUUUACUCGGAUUAUUUUGACAACAUGAAGCAGAAACUGCGCGAUGGGAAGGUGGAGGCGGUAAACGAAACAGUAAAAGAAGCAAUAACCAACGCAGAACCCUGGGGGGGGCACUCCCCCGUGAAGGAGCACGAGGAUGAAAAACUGAAAUUCGAUGUAACCAACAGAUAUGUAGAAUUCCUGUACGGAAAAAACUAUGCCGUAAUUAUAAAUGGGGGGAAGAACAAUUCAAGAAAAUUGAAAGCUGCCUAUAUAGUAAAUAAUAAUUUAAUGGGGAAAGAAAAUUUAUUAGUUAUAACGUCCAUAGUGAAUGUUACAAAAUGGAAGAGUUUGUUUAUUACGUUUGAAAAUAUAACAGUAUAUAAUAAUGAGGAAAGUAUAAUAGAUAACAAAGUAUCUAAUGAGCAUUCAAAUCUUAUCAUAUGUAUAGAUUUUUUACCGAAAAUUUUGCAUAUCACAUGUGAAAUAUUAGUACUAGAUAUGUGUCACUUCAAUAUACUAAAUCAAAUAAGUAUUUUAAAUGAUUUAACGUAUUUAAAUUUUUCAAAAAAGAUAGUAAUACUUAAUAGUAUGAUAGAUAACUGGAAUUUUUUAUGCGCUCUGUUUCUAUUAAAUAGCUCAUUUUUUGACAACUCCAUUAAUAAUAUAUUCCAACAAAAUUUGAGUGAAGAAGACAAAGUAAUAUUAAGUACAAUCAUGCUAAAUUUUAUUUCUCAUUUUUGUAUUUUAAAUAAGGAAAAAUUGCUAGCUGGUAGAGAGAAAACGGAGAUGAGGAAGACUUGCUUCAUCAUAACUUACAUGAGUGGAAUUCAAAAAUUUAUUUAUGACCAUGUACAGGAAAAAGAGAAAUGGGAUGCUUGUAUACACCCACUAUUACUACUAGAGGAAAAUUCUUUUUUUUUAAAAGACUUUUAUAUAUCAGAAAAAUUUGAUAUGCUCAAAAAUAUUAUUAAAAAAUUUUAUCUUUUAAAAAAAAAAAUACUUGUAUGUUAUUAUGGAGAUGAAAAAUUAGAAAAACUAAUCAAAAUAUUACUUUAUGUUAACUUACUGAAUGACACUUCAGCAAUUUUUUUUCAUAACCUUCAACUGAAUACAUCUAUUGACGACUUAGACACUUUUGAUGUUGCUGUGAUAGUAAAUAAACACACAGAAUAUUUUUAUUUUUUUCAAGAUAAAAAAUUAGCUUGUUAUUUUUUAAUUUCUACUUUUACCACUGAGGAAGAGGAUAUAUUACAAAAAAUUAAAAACAACAAAGAAUUGUAUUUUUAUAAAAAACAAAAAGAAGAAUUAAUGAAGGAACACACAUAUGAUAGGGACCUCAUAUAUAGAUAUUAUAUUAACAAUAUGAUUUCUGAAAAUGAUGAACAAUUUUUGUUAUUUAACAUAAUUGACCAAAAGGAAAAAGUUUAUUGUAACACCUCAUACAACGAGAUUGUCCUUCCUACAUGUUUCGUAACAACCUUGUCGAACUGCGAAUCUGCCAUGCGACACUCAGAACACUGGCAAGAUAUAAAAAAUGCUCACAGCUUUUGGAACUUCAACAACUUCAAUUGGGAGAAAAUUGUUUUUUACUUGGAUAAAAAAAAUACGGUGUAUGACAAGUAUCGAAAUGAGGUUUGCUCAAUUUCGGAUAAGUCUAUAGCUCCUCCGCAGAUUUAUUACUAUUUGAAUAACCCGGCGAAGGAAAAAAAUACGUUUAACAGUUGUCUGUCUUUGGCACUAGAUGAAAUUAUUCAAGAACUAAGCAGAAAAAAAGAAUUAGACGAAUUUGAUGAAUUGAAAAAGAGCACAUUACUGAAUAUCAAAGAAAAAACAAAUAAAAAGUACUUUUCAUCCAUCAGAAAAAUGGAAAAAAUUUUAUCCUUAUUUUUAAAAGAAAAUAAAAAAAAGUCCUUCGAGCAGUUUUUAAAGGGAUGCGAGAGCUAUGGACAGAUUUUAAUAAAAUGCAAGGAGAAAUUAUUUGUUACAUUUAACAAAUCGUACAAUCAACAUUUUAAAAAUUUUGAAAAUUUUUGGAGGGAUGAAGAGGAUAGAAGAAGAAAAAAAUGGAAGGAAUUGUGGGAAUUAAAUGAGAAAAAAGAAAGCGACAAAGAGAACAUUGACUUAAACAAUAUAUUUAAUGAUGAUGUAUGUAAUGAAAAAAACGAUUUAACAAAUAUUCAAACAAAUACAAAUUUUGAUAAUAUGAAGAAUGAAUACAACUUACAUGAAAAGAAAAACUUUCGUAUUAGACUUUCCUCACAGUUAUUUGAUGGGAAAGAAUUCGAUCAAUUGUUUAUUGAGAGAAAAAAAAUAUGUAUUUCGACUGAAGACAAUAAAAAGGAAGCGUUAUCAUGUUCGUAUGAAGAGAAGAAGGAAAAGGAUAAGGAAACUUGUUUAUAUAUAGAAAGAAAGGAUAUGCAGGGGGGGCAAAAAGCGUAA